UCCAACGAAUUUCAGCGCCCAUAAACGCCACCAAACCGGGGUGAUCAAGUCCACCACCAAAGAACACCCCCCACCUGCGCUCUCUCCCGAACCUCACGGCGCUUGUCCGGUGUCUCAGUGUCCAAUAACUCCCCCGCCGCUGCUGGCCCAACGGUCGGACACUCGUCGAGCUUUUUUUAUCCUGUUUCCCUGACUAGCAAACUCCUCCUCCAGGAAUCUUGGCCAUAAAUACGAUCGUGAGACGGUACUUUUUGCCUGGAACUGCUUCGUCUCCUAUACCUGUCGCUGUAUUCCUCCUUCUCUCCCCACCGUCUCUCCCGCUAUCCCAAGUCACGGUGCGCACUAUCGCUCCUGUGACACAACCAUGGCCGAUCAAUUCAAGGCGCGAACACUCAAGCGCAAGAACGUCAAAGGCCUUGCCCUGAACGCAGCCCCGAAGCCCGCCGCCAAUAACUCCGAUGGCGAUGCUCAGGUUCCAGGCGCCAUUGGAAAUGCCGACAGCAACCGCACCGAUACUCUGGAGAUCGGUCUCGAGUUCCGUCUCGACCUGCGUAGCGAGGACUUGGUUACCCUGAAGGAGCUGGGCGCUGGAAAUGGUGGUACGGUCUCAAAGGUUAUGCACGCCUCCACGAAGGUGGUCAUGGCUCGAAAGAUCAUCCGUGUCGACGCAAAGGAAAAUGUGAGAAAGCAGAUCUUGCGGGAGCUCCAGGUUGGACAUGACUGCAAUUCCCCCCACAUUGUCACCUUCUAUGGUGCCUUCCAGAAUGAAGCCCGAGAUAUUGUCUUGUGUAUGGAGUACAUGGAUUGCGGCUCGCUCGAUCGCAUAUCCAAGGACUUUGGUCCCGUGCGGGUAGACGUGUUGGGCAAGAUCACCGAGUCUGUCCUGGCCGGUCUAGUGUAUCUGUACGAAGCUCAUCGUAUUAUGCAUCGCGAUAUUAAGCCUUCCAACAUUCUCGUCAACUCGCGCGGCAACAUCAAGCUCUGCGACUUUGGCGUUGCAACCGAGACAGUCAACUCGAUCGCCGAUACGUUCGUUGGCACCUCCACCUACAUGGCCCCCGAGCGUAUCCAGGGUGGUGCGUACACCGUGCGCUCGGAUGUGUGGAGUGUUGGAUUGACGGUGAUGGAAUUGGCGGUUGGCCGCUUCCCCUUUGACACGUCGGACUCGUCAGCAGGCGACCGUGCCAGCGCCGGUCCGAUGGGCAUUCUAGAUCUGCUGCAGCAGAUCGUGCACGAGCCCGCUCCGAAGUUGCCCAAGAGCGACGCCUUCCCUCCCAUUCUGCAUGAGUUUGUCGCCAAAUGUCUCCUCAAGAAGUCCGAGGAGCGCCCCACGCCUCGCGAGCUCUAUGACAAAGAUGCGUUCCUGCAGGCCGCCAAGCGGACGCCGGUUGAUCUCCAAGAAUGGGCCAUCAGCAUGAUGGAGCGACACAACCGCAAGUCGUAUCUGGCUCCUCCGCCGCCCAAGUCGCUCAAGGAUGAGCCCCCGGCUGCGCGAUCUACCCCGUCCCCGAAGCCUCAACCCCAGCCCCAGCCCAGCAGCAAGCCGAUGCGCACUCCCCAGUACGCCCCCAGCGACAUUCCCUCCAGCGUGGGCCGCAAUAGCCCCUCGCAAUACCAGUACAACUAUGCCCCCGCAAACCCAUCUCCGCGUCCACCCCGGUCGACACGCUCGCCUCCCAUCUCUCUCGAGCAUCUGUCGUUGGAAGAUGAGUACCGCUCCGGCCGUCGACCAUCGCGGACUCCUGUCGGGGGCCCCUCUUCCGGAUUGGAACCCCCCAUGCAUCCGAUGGGGUCUCGCUCCGCCAGCUCUCACAACACGAAAUCGCGAAUGCCCCUACAGUCAGCAGUACUGCCCAUGCGAAGCACGCCUCCUCCGAAUGGACCUCCGCCCCCUGCUCCUGGAAAUGGAUCCUGGCAACGCCAGCCAAACUCCAUGCGCGGGGACCAUAUGACGGGCGCUGUCUAGACUGCCGGCCCUGUAUCC